UGUUACUGCUGUAGGCCUACUGCAUAAGGUGAACUUUACUUAAGGACAGGCAUACACAGAUAAAAAUACAAAGUUACAUUUCACAAGCAAACCUUUGCUAUUCCCGUUGACCGAGGUUUCUUGACGCGAUCAAUAGACUUUACACACCUGAGAGUCCUUAACGUAUUUAAUAAAGCCUGUACGCGGCCUGGUUGGUCUAUUGCAGCGCAGUCAGGUCUCGGGGUCGCUUAGCAACUGGCGAACAACAUGACGGAGGAGGAGGUUGACAAGCACAUCUUGAAGAAGUAUGAAAUUCAGCAAAAGCUAGGCAAGGGGGCUUACGGUGUUGUGUGGAAGGCUGUUGACCGAAAGACACGGGAAGUCGUGGCGUUGAAGAAAAUAUUUGACGCUUUUCAAAACGCGACAGACGCGCAGCGCACUUUCCGAGAGGUGAUGUUCCUGCAAGACUUGAACAACCAUGACAACAUCAUCAGGUUGCUCAACGUACUCAAAGCAGAAAACGACCGAGACCUGUACCUCGUCUUCGAAUACAUGGAGACGGACCUGCACGCCGUGAUCCGUGCCAACAUCUUGGAGGAGGUCCAUAAGCAGUAUAUCAUGUACCAGCUUUUCAAGGCGCUGAAGUACAUGCACUCGGGAGAGCUGCUGCACCGUGAUAUCAAGCCCUCCAACUUGCUCCUCAACAGCGACUGUCAGGUGAAGCUAGCGGACUUUGGCCUCGCGCGCAGCGUAAGCCAACUCAAUGCCAGCGACGGCCAGAACCCAAUCCUGACGGACUACGUGGCCACUCGUUGGUACCGCGCGCCCGAGAUCCUGCUGGGCUCCACCAAGUACACCUUCGGAGUGGACAUGUGGUCAAGCGGCUGCAUCCUUGGCGAGCUGCUGCUGGGCAAGCCCAUCUUCCCAGGCACUUCCACCAUGAACCAGCUGGACCGCAUUGUGGAGUUCUGCGGCCGCCCCGCCCCGGGUGACGUGGACGCCAUCGACUCGCCCUUCGCCACAACCAUGAUGGACUCGUGCACCGUCACGCAGGCGCGCCGGCUGCAGGACAUCUUCCCCAAUGCCAGCCCUGAGGCGGCUGACCUGCUACGUAAGCUGCUGGUGUUCAACCCUCACAAGCGGUUGACUGCCGAGCAGGCGCUGCGGCAUCCAUACGUGGCGCAAUUCCACAACCUGGCGGACGAACCCGUGUGUAACCGCAUCAUCGUGCUGCCCAUCUCGGACAACACAAAAUACACGGUUUCGGAGUACAGGGAGCGCCUAUACGGCGAGAUCCUGAAGAAGAAGAAGGAGGUGGUGCGGCAGAUGCGGGAGCGGGAGGCCGCAAUGGCAGCAGCGCGGGCCGCAAGCGCUGCACCCACACCCGGUAGCUCCGCACACCACGCGCACCACCACCACCACAGCCAUGGCCACUCCUCAGCGGCGGGCGGCCACCGCCCAAACAGCGAAGCGGGUGCUGCGCGGCGGAGAUCGACAGACAGCCUAACCGGGGCUGCCAAUGUUCGGUCCUCUACGUCAGCGUACGGCAGUGUGGGCGGCGGCAUGCGGCGAUAAUGGGACAGCGAGAGGGUUGGUGGCACUUUUCUGGGAAUAUGCCUUCGCUUGGCGCCCCUAGUCCAGAUAGGUGAUGAGCAACAAGACGUGCGGGACUAGGGGCAUCGAGCGAUGAAGGGAGCCCAUUUAGGAACCGGGCUCCCAUUUUUGGGCGAGGCAUGCACCCAGCUGCGUGUAUCACAAGGCAGGCGGGAUAGGUAGGAGAUGCGGAGGCUCUGGCUAGCGCCAGCAGGCGCCCAUGUGACGCCAAUGCUCGACGCUGAGUUACACGGAAACGGGUUGGGCGCGCGACUACCAAAGACGGCAAAGGACGAUGCGUUGACAUCCCUCGCAUUGCAGGCGACUCGCAUAGUCCGCUGUUUUGCGUGCACGCUUGGGACAUGUUCGUUAACCCUUUCUUUGUACGGAUUCACUGUGACCGUGACCGGCAUUGGUGUACUAUUGACGUACAUGCGUCACGUGCGCUUUCUAUCCUCUACAAGGAGGCGAUGAGUCUAACGAGGAAGGCUUCCUCGUGGUAGAGCCGGUGUAGAUGUAGUGUUAUGUUGCCAUGGCAAACGAUGUGAUAGCUUGUAGGUUGCGGGCGAGCGUGCAAAUCGAUGCACAAGACUCGUCGCACAAACGGUACUCCGCAGAGCAGUAGGAUCGCAAGAAUGCGGCUAGGCAGAUGAGUGGCACGGAAAUCGGUCUUGCCGACCCCUUCCUGGUCCUCCAUAUUGUUAGUUAGUCCUGGAGGCAUAUCGUCCGGGGUACCCGCUAGGAUGGACUGGUUGUGGACCGGGUGAUGGUGGCGGGGAGCCAGGAGAGCGCGGGUGGAUCUCGGUACAGACUGGUCGGCAUGCCGGAUGGCUGGGCUGCGGGAGAGGCUUCACAUGCCAAUGCAUGACGACCGCCAAAUGCGCUUUGCUCGCAUUGCCUGCCGUGCUCUUUGAAGCACAUUCAGCACUGCAGUGUUAUAGGCUUGUAGCAGUUACUAAACUGUUCCGCCAUGUGCCUGCGUGUCUACGGUGAUAAGGUCGCCAACCCAGUGGUUUAGUUCAAUGUAACACGCUGUCGGCGCA